AUGAGCGACCCGGCCGUGUGCUGCUUCCUCACCAGGGCGCUGUGCGCGCAGGGCGGGCGGCUGGGGCUGCCGGAGCUGCAGCAGCACGCCGGGCUGUCGGCCCCGCAGCUGGCCGAGACGCUGGCGGCCGCGGGCCCCCGGCGCUUCCUGGUGCUGCGCGGCGGCGCCGAGGUGCUGGCCGUGUCCGACGUGCGGGUCUGUGCCCGCAGGGAGUGCGGCGGCUGCGAGCGGCUGCACCUCUGCAAGCUAAACCUCAUGGGCAGGUGCCACAUGCGGCCCAGCUCCUGUAAGUACUCGCAUGACAUCACCAGUGCUGAGAACAAAAAAGUUCUAAAAAAACAUGAUUUGUCUGGCCUCAGUGAGGAUGAGCUGCGAAUCCUGCUUCUCCAAAACGAUGCUUUCUUCCUCCCUGAUGUGAGUUGUACUGAUGUCUUAAAAGAAGCUUUUUGUUCACCAGGAAUGGGAGAGGGUAACAGAGAAUGUGGAGUUCUGAUCUCAGUGUCAACCUUGCUGUUCAUUCAGUCUUCUCAUGCAGGUCCUGGUAGCACCCUGCCUGGUCAGAGACAACAGCAGUUGCCAACAGGAGCUGGAGGUAAAGAUGAAGAUAAAAAGGACGAUUCCUCUGCUGAAGCUUCAAAGGACAACAAAGAAGUUAACUGUGAUGAGAUCUGUGUGUUCUAUGUCUGGAAGUACUGCAAACAUAAGGAUAAAUGCAAAUCUGUUCAUUACCAUUUGCCAUAUAAAUGGGAGAUAUAUGAUGGGAUCACCUGGAAAGACCUUUCCAUGAUGGAGGAAAUUGAAAAGGCCUAUUGUGACCCAAAAAACAGCAGCAUAGCAGGUAGGAACAUUAACUUCCAGACAAUGACCUGCUCUUCUUCUCCGGUUCGACGCCUCUCUACACCGUCAUCAGUCACAAAACCCACAUUCGUACUGACCACACAGUGGAUUUGGUACUGGAAGAAUAACGAAGGCCAGUGGAUUGAAUAUGGAGAGCAGGGAGAAGGGGACAGUGUGGACUCGCCAUCUUCUGCUGUUCUUGAGAAUUUGUAUCAAGCAGAUCCAGAUGCCACCAUAUCUUUCCAGGCUGGUCAGCAUCAUUACAACCUCAAUUUUAAAGAAAUGACCCAGACAAACAUUGCUUUUAAAACUCGAAGAGAGGUCUGCAGGAGACCAAAAUUUGUGUCUUCAGAAGAUAAAGAAAGGCCAGAGGGAUUCUUCUAUUCCAAUCAAGCCUGUCCUAGCCACUGGGAUCAAUCUGCACUGCCUGACUUGGGAUACAAGGCAGUGGUGAUCAGUAGUGUGACCUCUGAAUACAACGCAAUAAAGCAGCUGUUCCAUCAGACUAUGAAAACCUACAGCAUCCUUAAAAUACAGAGGAUUCAGAAUCCAUCCCUCUGGAAGGUGUUUCAGUGGCAAAAGGAGAAGAUGAAAAGGGAAAAUGGAGGAAAGGAAGUGCAGGAAAAGCUCCUGUUCCAUGGAACCAACAUCUCCUUCAUGGAAGCCAUCUGCACUCGGAACUUUGACUGGAGGAUUUGUGGAAAAAAUGGCAGUAACUAUGGAAUGGGAAGUUACUUUGCUAGAGAUGCUUCCUAUUCCCAUGCAUACUGCCAGGCUGUGGAGAAAGGAAACAUGAUGUUCGUGGCUCGUGUUUUGGUUGGAGACUACAUUAAAGGGAAUGCAGCCUAUGUUCGCCCUCCAAGGAAGUCUGCGGACGGGCUUUGGUUUUAUGACAGCUGUGUGGAUGAUGAGUUAAAUCCUUCUGUUUUUGUUGUCUUUGAAAAACACCAGAUUUACCCAGAGUACAUAAUAGAGUAUAAAGAGGAUGAAAAAAAAUGUGUUAUAUCUUAGAGGGAUCGUGGCAGUUUGUAUCCCUCAUCUUGUUUUCCAUACUGCAGGUGUUCUCAUACUUGGUGACUUCUUUCUUCUUAAUAUAGUUCUUUGGAAUGUUAAUCCGAACAAAUUUUGCAUUGAGGAGGGCUGGCAAAACAGAUGUUACACUUGAGACUAACUGCCUUCUCUUCUCUUCUUCCUCUUUUAAAUGAAGCAUAGACAUUUGGAUAACCGUAGCAGGAAAAUCAGAAUUGUGGGAUGGGAAAUUGAAUGUUAUGACUUCUGUGGGCAAACAAUUAUAAGUGCAUUGUCUUAAAAACAGAGAGGAUUUCUCUUUGUAAACUGUUAGAAAUAAAAUUAACAGUACAGUAGUUUUUAAGGAAGCAUUCAGGUUUUUAUAGAGAUUCUUUUCAGUGCAGAAUUCAUCUGUUCUUGAUCCUCUAAUCUGUCAUUACUGUAAACAGCUCAGUGUGGGUAAGAAUGAAGAGUCUGUUUUCAAAAUACUGCUUGUUAAUGCUGAUACGAGUUUCGAGUUCAAAUGGUAAAAAAAGAAAAAGCCUAUAUUUAGGAUAUUAAUCCACGUCGUUAAUUCCUGAGCGGAAAAUUUUCAUCUGUACAAUGGCAGAUGGAUCAGAAAGUUGUUGGAUCAAAUUCUUUGUGGAGAUCUGCAGUAACUUGUUUUGACCUCUACAAAAAGAGAGCUGAACUGAAGCUGUGAAAGCCACAACCUAUGAGUAAGCAGACACUGAAACUGAGGGUUUGGCUGCAGCUAAUGGCUGUAAGGGUACAAAGGCUGUGUCCCAACGAGCCAGGCUUUGCAGUGGAUGUGGCCACGUACUUUCUCAGUGCGAACAUUUGCUCUGCAAAUGUGAUAGGACAGGAGAAACUUCUUAAGAAGCAUCGAGAUUUUCUGUCCUAUUUGCGUUAAUUUUCGUUUUUCCAGAUGUAGGACACAACUGGAAGAGAUCGGUUACGUUCUCUCAAGGCCAGUGGUAGAACUGCUGUCCUAAGACAUUGUCCACAUGUUUUGUUGCCCACGUUGCACUGGGCAACACGCUGACAAGUGAGGUUCCUUUGUGUUUUGAGGUAGCUGUGGGUGAUCCCACAUACUGCUUCCCUGACUCUGCUUUGGAGAAACUCGCUUUCUCCACGAUGUAUAACCCUAACAAUGGUGUCUGAGCCCUUUUUUGCAGUUACCUGCUUUUUAUUGUUCCCAAAACACCCCACCAGAAACUUGUGCAGAGUUUCCACUGGAUUUUAAUAAGGACUCUGUAAGCUGACAGAACUGAAGACCCUCUGUACAAAGAUGUCUUAUUCAGGCAGUCUAGCUGUUAAGAGGGAAACUGUUGGUGAGGACAGAGGAGCAGUAAUUUUUACUUUCAGAUAAGCUUUACAGUAACACCAAUAGCCUUCCAGUUUUUUGCAUCUGUGAUAUAAAUCUGUCAACCACUCAGAGAUUGCAAGUUCCCAAGAGGAUGGGAAAAGAUAAACCCAGGAAAUCUUAUUAAAAUGACUGUCUUAGAACUAAAUGAAAACAUGUCAGUAAAGCAUUAAAAGGGGAAGAUUUUGCCACUUUUUAAGAUCUUUCUUGUUUGCCUGUAGAGUUCCUGAAUCACUGACUUUGCUAUAUUUGCAAAUAAAAUGUGUUUUCAGUCA